AUGGUGAUUCUACCCAAGAUUCAAUAUCUGUUCCGUACACUCCCACUCCGACUCCCCAAAAAAUAUCUAAUGGAACUACAAAACGUCAUAAACGACUUCGUCUGGGACAAUAAAAAACCAAGGGUGUCCAAAGCCACAAUGUACAAGCCACACGCCCAGGGCGGGAUGGGCCUGCCCGAAUUGGCGGGAUACUACAGGGCAGCGCACAUUGCUCCACUCAUUGCUGCAACACACAGCCAGGUCCCCACAGCAUGGGCAAAACUGGAAGAAAGACAAGCACGGAAGAUCCCAAUCCAGACUCUAGCCUGGCUACCAAAAACUCACAGACCCAAAGCUUCAGAAUUGCUCCCCACUACAGCACUAACCCUGUCCAUAUGGGACAGCUACCGGAAAAAAAGAGGCGCGACAAACCUACUCUCCCCGGCGAUGCCAUUGGAGACACUCCGACAGCUUAUCCCAGAUUUCAAUUAUAAACUCUGGCAAAGGCACGGCAUAACCACAAUAUCGCAUAUAAUGCAAGGAAAUAACCCCAAAUCAUUCUCAGAACUUCGCACAGAAUUCAAGCUACCUAAUACGGCGGCCUUUUCCUACCUCCAACUACAAUCAUGGAUACGCAUCCACACUCCGACACAACCUGCUGAUCCUCCAAACCUCCAUUGGACUUAA